UGAUCCAUGUCACAUUUGCUGCCCAGCCGCCUGGGCCCUCCAUAUCUGGGUGGGCCGGGGCAGCACUCACUGGGCGGGGCCUAGUUCGGAGAAGGGGAGCGCAGUCCCGGUGGAGCGGGCGCGGCGGAGCUGGGCGGAAUGGGCGUGGCCUUGAGGAGCCCGGCCCCGGCCCGCUUAGACAAUGCCCCGGAGCCGCCAGACAGUCGCGCCCCCGCCCCAUCGUAGUUCUUGAGCUCGCCUGCCCAGGGACCCCUCAAAAGCCAAGAGCUCCAGCCCCGGAGGCUUGAAGAAUAGGACUCCCUUCUUCAACCAACUGUGUCUUCAGGGGGGUGGUGCCCCAGCCAAGAACACAAGAGUGCCGGAGUGUGGGUGGCCGCUAGAGACAGGUGAAGUAAAAAGAGAAAACUAAGAAAUCAGCGCGGCUGGAGGGGGAGACUGUGUGGAUGGGAUGGGGACGCCAGGGGAGGGGCUGGGCCGCUGCUCCCAUGCCCUGAUCAGGGGAGUCCCAGAGAGCCUGGCUUCGGGGGAGGGUGCGGGAGCUGGCCUCCCGGCUCUGGACCUGGCUAAAGCUCAGAGGGAGCACGGAGUACUGGGGGGUAAACUGAGGCAGCGAUUGGGGCUGCAGCUGCUAGAACUUCCUCCUGAAGAGUCGCUGCCGCUGGGACCGCUGCUCGGUGACACCGCCGUGAUCCAAGGGGACACGGCCCUAAUCACACGGCCCUGGAGCCCUGCCCGCAGGCCGGAGGUCGAUGGAGUCCGCAAAGCCCUUCAGGACCUUGGGCUCCGAAUUGUGGAAAUGGGGGAUGAGAACGCGACGCUGGAUGGCACUGAUGUUCUCUUUACCGGCCGGGAGUUUUUCGUAGGCCUCUCCAAGUGGACCAAUCACCGAGGAGCUGAGAUCGUGGCGGACACGUUUCGGGUGAGGAGCAGGAGCAGCUCUGUGCUGGGGGAGCCAGGAGCUGAUGGGGACUUCGCUGUCUCCACAGUGCCGGUGUCCACCUCCACCUCCCACCUGCGCGGCCUCUGCGGCAUGGGGGGACCCCGCACUGUGGUAGCUGGUAGCAGCGAAGCCGCCCAAAAAGCUGUCAGGGCAAUGGCAGUGUUGACUGACCACCCCUAUGCGUCCCUGACGCUCCCGGAUGACGCAGCUGCUGACUGUCUCUUUCUGCGUCCUGGACUGCCUGGUGUGCCCCCUUUCCUCCUGCACCGUGGAGGCGGGGACCUGCCCAAUAGCCAGGAGGCACUGCAGAAGCUCUCUGAUGUCACCCUGGUACCUGUGUCCUGCUCAGAAUUGGAGAAGGCAGGCGCUGGGCUCAGCUCCCUCUGCCUGGUGCUCAGCACACGCCCCCACAGCUGAGAGCCUGGCCUUGGGGUCCUGGCUGGCCAGGGGUAGGGCAGCAUAGGGAGUAGAAGGGGAAGGAGGCUUAGAUAGAGGACAGUGAAUACGUAGUAGUGGGAGAGGGCCCCAAGAUGGGGGGGGGGGGGAGCUUAGUGUGGGAAAAAGGGUAGAGUCCACUGGGUGAGUCAUCUUCCUCAAAACUAAUAAAACAGAACCAACCUUUUAGA